ACUCGUAUUAUUUGCAACCCGGGCAACAUGUACCAGAUUGUAAAGUCAAGUGCAAUCUACGAAAACCAGCUCUCUAUCGUCUCGUAAGUCGUAUCUCUACGGUAACGCAUCGUUUGCGAUACGCGCGAUAGGCGAUAAUAAUUAAGACGAAUUAUCUCGAACUUACGAGCAUGUGGUUUGAUUAUUGUUGUCGGAUUACCCAUACCAAAUGUACUGUUUAGCCGGUCAGUGUCAGUGUCAGUCAGUCAGUCAGUCUCGAUCUCACUCUCAUUCUCAUUGUACGUAGACGUACUCGUACGUUUAUUUUUACGGUUUACGACUAUACGACGCGACGAGUUGCCAGAUCGUUACGUGCACGUUUUUUCGCGAUUUUCAUAUUUUUAAAAACGAUUCGCGUCUUACGCGUUGAUGGGUACGUGUGAGAAAUCGCCUUUUGCUCUUCAAGUUACCUGUAAUAAUAAUAAUAGCAGUGCUGGUGGUAGUGAUAGUGAUAGUGUCAGUGUCGGCAGCGGUGUUACCGGUGUUAGGGUAGCUCGAGUACGUAAAAAAUUGCCCUUAAAUUGUUCGACCGAUAUUUUUUCUCUAUUUUUGAACGAAAAUUGGUUCAAUUUUUCUCACCGUUUCGUGUAAAUUUAGGAAUUGUUGCGGUUCAAAAAGCGUGUGCUGGCACGACAAGUUAAGCAAUUACCUGUUUGCGUUGUCGUCGUCGUCGUUGUCAAUAUUGCGGCGUUCGUUGGUUAAUGAAAUAUUAGUUUCGAGUAUUGUUACAAGAGUAUACGAGAUACCCAAUUCCUACGUACUGAAUACAUCGUAUACCUACUAGUACAAGUACAUAGUACAUAGUUAUACGUACAUAUACAUGUACCUGGGCCAAAAUGGUUCUGCUCUGCGUACCGUUUUCGUUACCGAUGAAUUUUCUCAGAAAAUUGUUCAAAUCGAUCACCGAGGAUAUCAGCAGUAUUUGGAAAAAGAAUCACAACGAGAAAAUGCACAUCGAAGUAAAAGAAGACGAAAUGGUCGGUCCGAAGACCAAAGCGAACGGCGGCGCUAACGGUACCGGCAAUUUACACGAAAUCGAACUUAGAGAGGUGAUCAAAGAGGGACACGAGCGAGCCCAUGCGUCGCAGUUUGAAUUACUUAAAGUUCUCGGACAAGGAUCUUUCGGAAAGGUGUUCCUGGUUCGUAAAGUUGUUGGCUUAGAUACGGGCACGUUGUACGCUAUGAAAGUUCUGAAAAAAGCUACGCUCAAAGUUCGAGACAGAAUGCGCACGAAAAUGGAAAGGAAUAUACUGGUCGAUGUGAGACAUCCGUUCAUCGUACGAUUACAUUACGCUUUUCAAACAGAAGGAAAAUUGUAUUUAAUAUUGGAUUUUUUACGCGGCGGAGAUCUAUUUACUCGUCUUUCCAAAGAGGUCAUGUUCACCGAAGAAGACGUCAAGUUUUAUUUGGCUGAGUUGGCGUUAGCUUUGAAUCAUCUGCAUUCUUUAGGAAUUAUUUAUCGGGAUUUAAAACCGGAAAAUAUUUUACUGGAUGCCGAUGGUCAUAUCUCGCUGACAGAUUUCGGUCUGAGUAAACUGCCGUUAAAUGAUCAGAAAACUUAUUCGUUUUGCGGUACCGUCGAGUACAUGGCUCCCGAAGUUGUGAAUCGUAAAGGUCAUUCGUUUGCGGCCGACUGGUGGUCGUUUGGCGUUUUAAUGUACGAAAUGCUGACGGGCACAUUACCAUUUCAAGGACCUAACCGCAAAGAUACCAUGUCUCAGAUUUUGCGAGCGAAAUUAGGAAUGCCGCAGAAUUUAUCUCCGGAAGCGCAGGCCUUGUUGCGAGUGCUAUUCAAAAGGAACCCGGCUAAUCGUUUAGGAUCAGGAGCCGACGGUAUGAACGAGAUUAAAACUCAUCCUUUCUUCUCGACCAUCGACUGGGAUAAAUUAUACCACAAGCAAAUAGAACCGCCUUUUAAACCAGCCGUUAGUCGUGCCGACGACGCUUACUAUUUUGACUCGGAAUUCACGUCGAAAACACCUAAAGAUUCGCCUGGUAUACCGCCGAGUGCAAAUGCGCACGAAUUAUUCAGAGGGUUCAGUUUCGUUGCUCCUUGUUUGUUGGACGAAGACGAUCCGUUGAAAGAUUUCAAACGCGCUCAUCCUAGCGAAUCUGUUAUUAAAAUGGCCGGAGAAAAACGCAACGUUACCGAUGAAUACGAAAUUUUAGGAGAACUCGGCCGAGGCAGUUAUUCAGUAUGUAGAUUAUGUGUUCAUCGAGCCUCUCGAAUGGAAUACGCUGUCAAAAUAAUCGAUAAAUCGAAGAAAAACUGUCAAGAAGAAGUACAAAUCAUGUUGCGAUAUGGACAUCACGCGAAUAUAGUUACCUUGAGAGAUGUAUUUGAAGACGAUGUAUCGGUGUAUUUAGUGAUGGAAUUAAUGAAAGGCGGAGAACUACUGGACAGGUUAAAAUCGUUGAAAUAUUUUUCCGAAAGGGAAGCCAGUUCAAUUAUGUAUGUGAUCGUAUCGACAGUUCAUCAUUUGCAUCAAAAUGGAGUUGUACAUAGAGAUCUAAAGCCAUCGAAUAUUUUAUACGCGUCCGAAACAACGUCACCGGAAGCGCUGAGAAUAUGUGAUUUCGGUUUCGCCAAACAGUUGCGAGCGGAAAAUGGCUUAUUGAUGACUCCGUGUUAUACGGCCAAUUUCGUAGCACCCGAAGUAUUAAAACGUCAAGGUUAUGACGCUGCCUGUGAUAUAUGGUCUCUAGGUGUUCUAUUGUUUACUUUACUGUCGGGACAAACGCCAUUUGCAAACGGUCCGAACGAUACGCCGACUGAGAUAUUACAUCGUAUAGCUGAAAGUAAAUUGGACUUGAGAUGCGGUACCUGGAUUACCAUUUCAAACGAAGCCAAGGACCUAGUAAGCUGUAUGCUGCAUGUGGAACCGCGCAGAAGACCGACAACUAGUCAAAUUUUACAACACCCUUGGAUCACAAGACGUGAUAAUCUACCAACGAACAGAAUCCAUUUACCCGAACCCAAUCUCAUUAAAGGUGCCAUGGCAGCAACGUACAGAGCGAUGAGCCAGUCUCCGCCGAUACCCAAUUUAGGACCAGUUUUCAUGAGUCAGCUGGCCCAAAGGAGACGUAAAUCAAGACCAAAAUCAUCUACCUAAGUUUCAGCGACAUACGCACGUCUUCGUAUGUCGCUGUGUAACCUCUUUUUUUUUCCAACAGUAUUUUGUCGUUUUGUUGUUUUUCUUUGUUUUUUUCUUUGUUUUUCUAUUUUUUAUUUUUACGUGUUUUACAUUUUAUAAAUUUGAAAGUCAUCCCAGCCCAGCGCGUACCUAUGUGAUUUUUUGUGAAAAAAAAUCUUCGUCGUAGUGUGGUCGAUUCACACUAACUACGUUACGUUCACAUACGUAAUUUUUCAGAAUUCAAAAACGUUUCAAUUUUCGAUACUAUGUUUGAAUUUCUCAUCAGGAAGGCCGGAUUUGUAAAGUGAAACUAUGAAAUAUCGAAGUGUUCGAAUUACGUAUUUAUUCACAUCGAAUACCUCUAAUAUGAUUUACCGUAUUCGUGUGUUGUUUUUUUGUUUGUUUGUUCUUUUUUUUUUCGUAUCAAAUUUCAUUUUUAAUGAUAAUAAUUUUUACGAUUAAUCGUACAGUUGUUGUAGCUGUGUUAGUUAUAGGCUUUGAUAUGUGGAAAAUUAAUCAUCGCUACACCAAAGUGAUAUUAGAUUUUAACCUCAUUUACAUUCCAUUCCUCUACCUUGUUUUUCUUUUUCCCCCGUCUCAUUUAUAGGUACCUUUAUCGAGUUGCUAGAUGCAAAUACUUAGCCGAGUAGACGUUUUUUUUUGAUAAUCAAUCUUCGAAAGUUCGAACUCUCCUAUGUUCUUGCAAAUUCGAAUUUCAUUACUCGUUUGUUUCGUUGAAAACAAUUUUCUUAAAACAACAGUUACCCAAUGCCAUGUUGUAGUUUCAGAUUACGUGCUAGUGGGAUGUAAUAGUAUUUUAUCGUUGACGAAUUUUAAAAUUUUUGAAUCGUCAAUUACCAGUUAUUCGGUAGUUUAUAAAUAUAAACUCACAACACUGAAAAUUUCAUUCGCGAAACGAAACCGCAGUUGAAAAUGAUAUCGAUGUUUUAAAGUACUUAUACUUCUGGUUCGUGAUCGUGAAUAUCAAAAUUUAACGUAACUCAUCAAAAAAAAAAAAAAAACAGAAAAGAUUGAAAUUUGAAACGAUAAUCGUUGUCGAGAUUCGUGUGCUUGAAUAAGCUACUUGUAUUAUACUGUAAGUGCGAAGAUGUCGAGCAUCUAUUGUUAUUUUUAGAUUAUAAAAUCAAACCUUUUAUCGAACGAAGCAUCAAUUUUUUCAUAGUUACCAUGUAAUAUAUCUAAGGCAAUUUCAACCAAACCAAAAUGUGUACAACAGAAAACAUUCGUUCGAUUUGAAUACCAGAAACAGUACGUAAGCCGUAACUCGGAUAGUACUUUAUCCUUCGACGAUGAUAUCGUAAUCGUAUUAUUAAUCGUCGAACGUUCGUUAAAUAUUAUUUAAUCUUACACGAGUAAGUUUUCAAACGGAUUAGGCGUUUAGUGUUGACAUUCGUAUUAAUUUCAUGGGCUACGAAUUCGCUUUAGUUGAACGGAAAUUGAUUAAGAAAACGAACUCUGCCGAGGGAUGAAAGAGAAAUGUUCAUUUUGUCAUUAUUCGGAGUACCAUACUAUUAGUUUUAAAACGAUGUCGCCGUCAUUAUCAAAUAAUCCUGUUCCCAUUUCGGCGAAAGCUCGAGCGAUUUUUUAUUAAUAAAGAACUCUAGAGUUUCGCCGACGCCGACGGUGGGUAUUAGAAAGAAUUAAUAAGUAUGCCUAAACUCGAGCAGCGAGCACGUUUCCAAAAUUAAUGAAUCUUAUCGGAAAAAUCAACGCGUAAAAUUUUACGUUCGUUUCAGUACUAGCGACUGUUUGUUCAAGUUUUUUCUCUCGAAAUUAGUAUUCUAAAACAAUAUUCUUAAUCGCGCGACGAUUUUCUUCUCUUUUUUUCUUUUCGAAGAAUGAUACAGACGGUUUUUUCCCAUCGAGUAAUGAUAAUAAAUCGCCCCGAAAUCUUCGAGUGAUAAGUUUUCGAAAUUGGAUUGAAAAUAUUUUAAAACGUCGAUUAUGUUUUUACGAUUACAUGUGUGUGUGUGUGUACUUUUGUAAUAUUAUUUUAAUAAUAUUAAUACGUCAAUUGUACAUAAAUUUUUGACUGAAUUUUAUGUAUUAUAGGAAUAACUUUAUUUUAAUAAUUUAUAUUCGAUUAUUUUCAGUAAAAUAAACAAGUGUAAUGUUUA